AUGCAAAGGGAGGCAGAGAAGGAGAAAGAUAAGGCGAGAGUAGCAGACUUCGAGUUCCUUUCAAGCAAAGGGAGCAGCCACGCCAUGUUGAUGGCCGACGAGCUCUUCUUCGAAGGGAAGCUGCUCCCCUUUUGGCAAAUACAGCAUUCCGAGAAGCUCAAACAAAUCAGCCUUAGAAAGACCGAAGACGAAGAAGAGGAAGAAGAUGAUGAUGAUGAGGUGGUGAAGGUGGAAGAGGUUAUAAACAAGGAUGAGAGGAGGAGUAGUAGCAUGAGUUGGUUCGUCGACGACGACCCGUCUCCGAGGCCACCGAAAUGCACCGUGUUGUGGAAGGAGUUGCUGAGGCUGAAGAAGCAACGGGCUUCGUCGUUGUCGUCGCCUUCGAGCUCGCUGGCCGACAUAGCUGCAGCUGAAGAAGGGAAACAAGAGUCUCGGAAUAGAGAUAACAAGCAUGUGAAGAGGAUAAAGAAAGGGUUGGAAAGAACAAGAUCAGCAAGCAUAAGAAUCAGGCCAAUGAUUAAUGUCCCCAUUUGUACACAAGUCAAAAGCAGUGCACUGUCUCCUCUGUUUCCUCUUAAGAAAGGAAGAUAG